CAGAAGAGGAGGCAUCACCCCAGCCAGGCUGUCCUCCCUGAAUUGCAGGCUCCUUUAUAUGGAACGACCAGAAAGGACUUGCUGCUGCUGCCGCUGCCGCCUCCAACAGGGCCGUCAGUUUCGACGCCUCAGCAGCAGCGCCUAUUAAACCUGCGGCCGCUCUUGCGCAACUUUCCCGCGCAACUGCUCAGCAUCUUUCCUUUGCGCUGUUUUUCCUCCUCCCAUUCUCCCUCUCCCUCACACACAACGUGCACUUUUUCUCCCUCAGAUAUCACUCGUCCCCCGCCGCCCGCCUUGGCGGCCUUCCCCCCCCCCAUUUCGGGUUUUCCCAAAAGGAAAGAUUCUCGCUCUUGGAUUGCCUUGGGAUUUGUCACUGCGGUGCUUGAAGUUUGCGAGGCAUGGUCGGGCUGAAGAUGCUCCCUCUGAAGCUGCUCUUGGUGGCCGUGGUCCUCUGCUUCUUCGAAGGGGAGGCCAGGUUUGGGGAGAGCGGGGGGCCCAAGAAGAGAAAGUGCUUGAACGGCAGCCCCCCCAAGCGCCUCAAAAAGCGGGACAGGAGGCUAAUGCUCUUGGAGCCGCCCAACGGAGGAGAGCUGAUGUGUCGGGGGUUCUACCCUCGCCUGUCCUGCUGCCCCAGGGCGGAUAGUCAGGGCUCGCUGCAGAUGGAGAACAAGAUCUUUCCUGUUACCAACAACACAGAAUGUGUGAAGCUGCUGCAGGAAAUCAAAUGUGCACACUGUUCACCGAAUUCUCAGAACCUGUUCCACUCAGCUGAGAAAGAAGCAUUGGGAAGAGAGCUGGUCCUUCCUUUCUUGUGCAAGGAUUAUUGUAAAGAAUUCUAUUACACUUGCAGAGGUCACAUACCAGGUUUUCUCCAAACUACAGCUGAUGACUUUUGCUUCUACUAUGCAAGAAAAGACGGAGGCUUGUGCUUUCCAGAUUUUCCAAGAAAACAAGUUCGAGGACCGGCUUCUAACUAUUUGGACCAGAUGGAAGAAUAUGGCAAAGUCGAAGAUAUCAGCAGGAAACAUAAACACAACUGCUUUUGCCUUCAUGAGGUUGUAAGUGGCCUGAGGCAACCUGUUGGAGCAAUACACUGUGGAGAUGGAUCCCAGCGCUUGUUCAUCCUUGAGAAAGAGGGCUAUAUAAAGAUUUUCACACCUGAAGGGGAUAUAAUCAAGGAGCCAUUUCUGGACAUACACAAGCUUGUUCAAAGUGGAAUAAAGGGUGGAGAUGAAAGAGGUCUCUUAAGCCUUGCAUUCCAUCCCAACUACAAAAAAAAUGGAAAACUGUAUGUGUCCUAUACCACCAACCAAGAGCGAUGGGCCAUCGGGCCUCAUGACCAUAUUCUCAGAGUUGUAGAAUACACCGUGUCCAGGAAAAAUCCACAUCAGGUUGAUAUAAGAACAGCAAGAGGUUUUCUAGAAGUUGCAGAGCUACACAGAAAACACCUUGGAGGGCAGCUACUGUUCGACCCUGAUGGAUUUUUAUACAUAUUCCUUGGUGAUGGAAUGAUCACUAUAGAUGAUAUGGAGGAGAUGGAUGGUUUAAGUGAUUUUACAGGUUCUGUGUUACGCCUGGAUGUAGAUACUGAUUUCUGCCACGUGCCUUAUUCCAUACCAAGGAGCAACCCACACUUUAACAGCACCAAUCAGCCUCCUGAAAUUUUUGCCCAUGGACUCCACAAUCCAGGCAGGUGUGCUGUGGAUCGUCAUCCAACUGAUGUAAAUAUUAAUUUAACAAUACUUUGUUCAGACUCCAAUGGGAAGAACAGGUCCUCAGCAAGAAUUCUUCAGAUAAUAAAUGGUAAAGAUUAUGAAAGUGAGCCUUCACUUUUAGAAUUCAAGCCAUUCAGUAGUGGACCAUUGGUUGGUGGAUUUGUAUACAGAGGCUGCCAGUCUGAAAGGCUUUAUGGAAGUUAUAUAUUUGCAGACCGCAAUGGAAAUUUUUUAACACUACAACAGAGCCCCAUGACCAAACAGUGGCAGGAGAAACCACUGUGUCUGGGCAACAGUGGUUCAUGUAGAGGUUUCUUUUCAGGACAUAUCUUGGGAUUUGGUGAAGAUGAAUUAGGUGAAGUUUACAUCUUAGCAAGUAGCAAAAGUAUGACACACUCUCACAAUGGAAAACUCUACAAAAUCAUUGACCCUAAAAGGCCGUUAGUCCCAGAAGAAUGCAAAAGAACAGCUCUUCCUGCCCAGAUACUGACAUCUGAAUGCUCAAGGCAUUGUCGAAAUGGGCACUGCACUCCCACCGGAAAAUGUUGCUGUAACCAAGGCUGGGAAGGCGAGUUCUGCAGAACCGCAAAAUGUGAUCCAGCCUGUCGACAUGGGGGUGUCUGCAUACGACCAAACAAAUGCUUGUGUAAAAAAGGAUAUCUUGGUCCUCAAUGUGAACAAGUGGAUAGAAACAUCCGAAGAGUGACAAGGGCAGGUAUUCUUGAUCAGAUCAUAGACAUGACAUCAUAUUUGCUGGAUCUAACCAGCUACAUUGUAUAGUUUCUGGGACUUAUUUGGAAACCACAUUUUCAAUGGGCAUUUGUUUUUGAAUCUUUUCUUCUUCCUCUUUUUUUUUUAUAAAAAGAUCCUUAUCCUGCUUUGAAACUCCAGUGAUUCCAUUGGGUUUGUAGAUCUGUCUUUUAAUCUUUUCAGAGAAGCAGAAACAUACAAUUUACGCACAAACAUCUGGUUGCAUAACUUGUGGAAUAUUAAAAUUAUAUUUCCUCAUGUAAAGUAGUUUACACAGAAGUGCCACUGUUAGUCACAAAUAAUUUUCAGUUAUGUCACUAUGAAUUAUUUGAUAUCCCACCAAUUUUAUGUGUAUAAGUAUUUGACUAUAGCAAUCAGAAAGGAGUUUUGAAAGUGUUGGACAUUAUUAAAAAUUAAUUUUAACCAUUGUUAAAGUGCAACAAACAGCAAGUAGAUUCAAAUGACCAAUUGCAAUUCAAUUCAUGUAAUGAUUGAUAAACAAACUGACUUUUUUUCUCCCAUUAAAUGCUAUUCUCUGAACAGGAUGGAAAUGGUAUUGUGGUAGUUAUCACCCACUGGAAGCUUCAGAUGACCAAGCUAUCAUAUGAAAAUUGCAAUUACUGUAUCAAAAACAUAGUCAUGUGAAUCCAUCCUACCAUAACAAAACAAUAUUUCAGAACUCCUUGAUGCAUUCUUAUAUAGGCAAUUCAUUCUAAGAUUGUAAUCUACACCUCUAUCAAUGUAACAGAAUGUUAUGCAAUUAACUACUUUACCUGGCAUAGGUGCAAAAAUGUGGCUAUCGCAGCUUAAUUUCCACAGUGUUUCAAGUUCUUAAUAAUUAAAUUAUAUCUGCGUAUUUUAAAAACAGUCAUUGUAGAAGGUCUGUUUUUUAUUGAAAACUUAUUUAACAAUGGACACUGGGUUUGUUACAUAUUUAUUUUAUUUUAUUUUUUAUAAUAUAGACAUCAUCUAGAUGAACAACUUUACCAUGUCCUGUAAAAUACUGAAGUUACAUUUUUUCCAACUUAAUUGGAAUGAAGGGGAGUGAAAGAGUGAAUAUACUCUUUAAUGUGUUAUGGACCUAAUGUAGAAGUUUAUCCUUGUGUCAGCCUUACUUCAUAAUUGACAGAGAAACAGCAGCAACCAGUCACUGUAAAUGUUGAUAGAGUUCUUUCCACUAUAUCAGGACUGGCCCAUUUAUAUGUAAUAAGAAUUUAUUGCAGAAUUCACACUGAAUGGAACUUCACUGGAUGGGAGCUCAUUUUAGCUAAAGUCUUGCCUGUGUAAGAGGAUACUUGUACAAAUCAUUAAAAUUAUGGUUAUUGCCAAAUAUGGUUUAAAAUGUAAAUGUUUCU